CCCUCUUACAGAUAACAACCAAAAUAUCGCAAAAGGAAGUAGAAUGGACGGGCUGCUGCUGCUCUGCUUCUUCCUCUGGACCGUGGUUACCACGGGACAGUUCGCCGUCGCCGGCGCAGCCUCCAGCUCCAAGGUGGUGACCAGCCUCCCCGGGUUGCCGGGUCGCCUCCCCUUCCACCUCGAGACCGGGUACGUGGAGGUGGACGAGGAGAACGGCGCCGAGCUGUUCUACUACUUCGUCGAGUCCGAGGCCGGCGCGGAGGACGCCCCUUUCCUCCUCUGGCUCACCGGCGGCGACCGCUGCUCGGUGCUCAGCGGCCUCACCUUAGAGAUUGGUCCAUUCCAGUUCGUCCCGGAGCCUUACAAUGGCACCGUACCGCGUCUGAGAAUCAAUCCGUACUCAUGGACCAAGGUGGCAAAUAUCCUUUUCGUUGAUACACCGGUUGGGGCUGGAUUUUCCUUUUCAAGACGACCCGAAGGCUACGAUGUCGGGGAAGUAUCCACCUCGUUGCAGCUCCAUGAACUCCUUCUCAAGUGGUUCACUGGCCAUCCCAAGUUCCUCACAAAUCCUCUCUACCUCGGAGGAGACUCCCUUGCUGGACAUCUUGUACCAUUUAUCGCUCAAAAGAUCUCGGAAGGUAUCGAAGCUGGAAGGAGCCCCAUCCUUAAUCUCAAGGGCUAUUUGGUAGGCAACCCGAUGACGGGUGAAAUCAUUGAUGAAAGCUCGAAAGUGUCAUAUGCUCAUGGAGUUGGUAUAAUACCAGAUCAAUUAUACGAGACGAUAUUGAAGCAUUGCCAAGGAGAAGACUACAGGAAACCUACAAAUACACCGUGUGCCCAAGCUCUGGGCACUUUCAACAAUCUACGCUCCGAAGUUAUGACGGCACAAAUUUUGUUAGACGAUUGCUAUCUUGUAUCCCCUGGACCAGGCACCCAGACGGACAAGUCAGCUAGUGCUAUUCGGAAGAUCCUAAGCGAGGAAACAGUGAUCGUGACGGGGAGGCGAGUGAAGCAUCCGCCACCUCGUGUACCAAUUGGCUGUUAUAGCUACACGUCUUACCUGUCGUAUUUCUGGGCAAACCACGCGCUCACCCGAGACGCCCUGGGGAUCAAGGACGGCACCGUGGACGAGUGGGUGAGGUGCCACGACGGCGACCUGCCGUACGCCGUGGACAUCGGGAGCAGCAUCAAGUACCACCGGAAUGUCACCGUCAAUGGCUACCGUGCGCUGGUGUACAGCGGCGACCACGAUGCGAUUGUGCCGCACCUGGGGACGCAGGCGUGGGUGAGGUCGCUCGGCUUUCCCGUCGUCGACGACUGGAGGGCGUGGCAUCUCGACGGCCAGUCUGCCGGAUUCACCAUAACUUACUCUAACAACAUGACCUUCGCGACCGUAAAGGGAGCUGGGCACACGGCACCUCAGUAUGAGCCCGAGCGGUGCUACGCCAUGUUCAGCCGUUGGGUACUGCACCAGCCACUCUAGUCCUCCUGUAUGUGACAUCAUCUAGUAGGUCUAGCAUACAUACUAGCAGGCGGAAGGCGCGGCGAGAACCUGUGUAAAUCUACAGUACAAAUUUGGAUAAAGAUACAGAGUGGAGAAUGGAGAGAAGAGAUCCUUUGAUAGCGAAGUAGCCAAAGAACUAUUGAGAAACAACAUGAAUUACCAUAAAUUGUAUGGUAUCAAAUAAAAAAGAGAAAAGUAUAUUUUUUGUCCCUCAACUUUUGACGAAGUUUAGAUUUGAUUCCUCAACUAUAAAACCAGACAACUUGCAUCCUCAAUUCUUGAAACCGGACACAUUUGGUCCCCUGACUCAACUGAAGUGGUAUCCAUGCCAACUCAGCAUUGUUUUGACCGGGUCAUGUCUAGGUGGCAAUAUUUCUAUUUCUCUUCAUCCAUCUCCGGUCUAGACAUUUCGUCAAACAAUUGACGUGCAAUCGCUGCACCAGGGCACAACCGUUGACGAGCCAGUGCUGCCACCAUUGGUGGCCCAGCUAACUACUAAGUACCACGUACCACCACGUCUUCUCCUCGUGCCUGAGUUUUCGCAUGAAGGCACGCCGGGAAGUGAUGCGGCGCCGCCGGCGCGUGGGGUCCCAGGCGCUGAGCAACAGGAAAUACGAUGCGAGUUGAUCCGGGUUGCGCUCGACGGUGUGGUGCGUGCCGAGCGUGAGCUUGCGGACGAGCGGUGUGGGCAGGUCAGCACCACCGCCUCUUCACCACGCUGCUGGAUCCAAGCGUUGGACCGCGUCCGCGCGUGAAGGCCGGCAACGACGGCGAGUACCACCACAGCCACGAGGUGCCCCAGUCCGGCCAUGACGGCGACGUGCUCCAUCCAGGCGACGAGCAGGUCGAGCCGCGGCGAUCCCCUCUCCUGGCGCCGCGCUCAUGCUGUCUGAGAUCACCACCAGCGGCAGCUUGCUCCCUGCCCGCAGACGCCGUGUAGAGAGCGAGGAAUCGGGAAGUCAAUUUGGGGUUUCUUUGCCACGUCAGCAUGAAUAGGUCAAAACCGGGAUGAGCCAGCAUUAAAACCGGUAAAAAACGGAAGGAGGAUGAAACUUGUCUGGUUUUAAAAGUUGAAGGUGCAAGUUGUCUGGUUUGAUAGUUGAGGGAUCAAAUCUAGACUCCGUAAAAAAUUAAGGAACGAAAAGUAUACUUUUCUUAAUAAAAAACUACUUAAAAUUGAAGAUAAUGUCGUGGAGUCAUGGUUAAGAAUAUGAAACUUGAAAGUUUGCCAAAGUCAUAUGUCUGUGGUAGAAGGAUUCCACCAUGUAUUUUCAUCUUUUUUAUCGUGCUAAUUCUUUUGUUUCCCCGUACUCUUAGUAAUGCAGGCUUUAUUUCCAGUACAUUUUUUAAUGUCCCUGGUUACUCUAUCUAACAGUAAAAGAGCAACCAAGACAUCAGUACCCAUAGAUGAAAGAUGUGAAACUAUAGUGAUACUUCAGAUCCAUCUGAAAGAUGUGCACCUCAAUUUCCAUAUAGCAGAUGCCCUAAAAUAUACGUGGGUGACCGUUCUCAUUCUACCUGAAUAGGAACCCAAGAACAUCAUGAAGCAUAGACAUAUGUGGAUUAAAAUUGUCCAUUAUUAUUUUAAAAAAGACCAUCAGUACACACUUUUUUCAACAACAAAAAAGGUUGACACCAAAGAUGUUAUUGGAAUCCACAACAUGUUGAGGAAUAUAUAUAUACAAAUUUUACAGUGGUUGGGCUUUUUUGGAGCCGUUCAUUUGUCUCAAUCUAACGGCACACAUAUACAUAGUACUGGGUAGUACUCAGAUGAAAGUAUUCGAAAGUAUUACAACUUGUGGGGCCGGUACUAAUGACAAUGUGUGGACACAUUUUAAUCUAGGGGCAUUUUAGUCAUAGGAAAAUUUUCCACGUGCCGCCCCUCUCAUCCAAUCCAGAACCGCCGCCAGGGUCCUCUCCUCUUCCAUCGCCAUUACACAACCGCAACCAUCUCCUCCCUCUCCUGCAUUCCAGAUCCACCACAGCCAUCUCCUCCCUCUCCUGCAUUCCAAAUCCACCGCAGCCAUCUCCUCAUCCUCGCCGCCGCAACUUUGCUCGUCUCCUCUUCCACAUCCACCCCCCUCUUCCAUCCAAGCCAGCCUCGAUGGAGCAGCAGAUCGAGCAGAUCGCCGGCGGCGAGAAGGCCAACUUUGCCAUGCCGAUGGAGGAGGAGAUCGUGCAGAUCGCCGGCGGCGACCAUGUCAAGAUGGCCAAGUUGAGCGAGAUAUGUUCUUGGUUUGACAACAGACGACAGAUGUCCUGGACGACGCAAACCAUGAUCAAGCAUAUGAAGAAGAGUGAGAAUUUGGCGCUCUGUCCCCCCGCCAGCAGUACCGGUGGAGUUCGUCAAGGUCCUCCUCUGGUCGAUGGAGCAGACGAAUCCCCCCAAGGAGUGGGUCAGGCGAAGGUGGUGGGCGUACAGAUCCAGGGUAGAGCAUCCAGAGGAUCAGGAAGCCACCCUGUAUGAGGUGCCAUUGGAGAUUGUGCAGCCCCCAACCGAGUCACCGGAGACUUCGAAGCGCAAGAGGAGGAGGACAGUGGUCGCGACGUCGCUUCCCCGCUGUUCUCCACACUUCCCUCGCCGCUCUCCUCGCCUGAAAGCCGGCGGUAGCGUUGUUUAGGGUAAGAUUCUUGAUUUGUAAAUCAUUAUUUGCCACUUGGUUAAUUUGAUUCUCUAUAAUAUGUUGCUACUGCAUGUAUUUUCCCUUUCUUUUUAGCGUUCUUCUAUCUAUUCAAGUGCACAUCUACUUCAAUUCAUAGCCUCUGGAUGUUAGCUUAAUUAGUUGCAAAGAAUAAAUUACGUUUCAGUACUGCAAGUUCAGUACACAAGUUCAGUGGACAGGUUUACAGUGGUAGACUCGGGUAGACACUGAAAUAUUCCAGUGCCGCAAGUUCAGUAGACAGUUGUAGCUUUUGAUAUAUUUCAGUAGUUCAUUUUCAGUACACACUGGUAGACACGGAAAUAUUUCAGUAGUUCAAUUUCAGUACAAACUGGUAGACACUGAAAUAUUUCAGUAGUGCAGUUUCAAUACACACAGGUAGACAGUGAAAUAUUUCAAUUGUGCAGUUUCAGUACACACAGGUAGACAGUGAAAUAUUUCAGUAGUGUAGUUUCAAUAGAGACAGGUAGACACUGAAAUAUUUCAGUAGUGCAAUUUCACUAGUGCAAUUUCGGGUAAUGCACGUAUCUACUAAUGCAUACCUUAUAAGUUAAAUCCACAUUUUAGUAGUGAUAUAUGUCAAAUAAGCAUCAAUAUGAUUGUCAAUGUUUGUACCAUUGAUGGUAGUAUAAUAAAUCAUGAAAUAAGGCAAAAAAAAUGCUUAGAGGUAUGCAAGACUAAAAAUAUGGGGUGAAUAAAAGGAUGGUUUAAUUGAAGUAAGUAUGACCUAUUGAAAUGCUCAGAGGUCAGCAAGGCUAAAAAUACGGGUGAAAGUUAAAAUGCCUCCCAGAUUGAAAGUUUUCUUCUGGCUUGUAUUGCUACAUAGCAUCCUCACCAAGAAUAACUUGACAAAAAUGGUUGUGGCUUGGAGAUAGCAAUUGCUCUUUUUGUGGAAGAGAUGAAGACGUUGACCAUCUUUUUUUUCCAUUGUUCUGUUGCAAAGAUGUUGUGGAUGCUGAUGAAAUGUUCUUUUGGGAUGCAUGACAGACAACAUGGAAAAUAUAUUUGCCGUGUGGAUUGGGAAAUUGGAUAAAAGUGAUACGUGUCUUAUGAUGGUUGGCAUUUAUGCUACUUUCUGGAGUUUAUGUAAACUUAGAAUUUAUGAUACUGAAAUAUUUCAA